UAGGAAGCAAAAUUUCAUUAUGAAAGCAGCUUUAUUAUGGACAAUAAGUGACUUUCCAGCAUAUGGAAUGUUAUCUGGUUGGAGCACUCAUGGGAGACUUGCUUGCCCCUAUUGUAUGGAGCAUAGUAAAUCAUUUUAUCUAAAACAUGGAAGGAAAUGUUGUUGGUUUGAUUGUCAUCGUCAAUUAUUGCCCAUUGAUCAUCAAUUUCGUCGUGAUCGACACUCUUUUAAGAAGUCAACAGUGGCACCCAAACAACAACAACCUGGCUUUGGUACAAGGCAUAAUUGGGUGAAGAAAAGCAUAUUCUGGGAAUUACCUUAUUGGUCCACUAAUCUAAUACGACACAAUUUGGAUGUCAUGCAUGUUGAAAAAAAUGUGUUUGACAAUAUCUUCAACACUGUCAUGGACAUAAAGGGAAAGACGAAAGACAAUGCAAAUGCAAGAGCUGAUUUGAAAGAUAUUUGUAAACGCCCAAGUUUAGAGUUGAUAUUUGAGAAUGAAAUGUAUAAAAAGCCAAAGGCGACAUAUGUCUUGAAUGAUAAUCAAAGAAAGAAAGUGUGUGAGUGGAUAAAACAAUUAAAAUUUCCAGAUGGAUAUGCAUCUAACAUAUCACGUUGCAUUAAUAUAGAUGAAGGAAAGAUAUAUGGAAUGAAAAGUCAUGACUGUCAUGUUUUUAUGCAAAGACUAAUUCCUUUGGCAUUUCGUGAUAUGUUGCCAAAGCCAAUAUGGGGAGUAUUAACAGAACUCAGCUUGUUUUUCAAAGAAAUUUGUGCACAUGAGAUACGUACUUCUGUCAUGGACAAUGUUAAGGUUUCCAUUAUUGAAACAAUUUGCAAGCUUGAAAAGAUUUUCCCGCCAGCAUUCUUUGAUUCCAUGGAACAUUUAAUUGUGCAUCUCCCUUAUGAAGCCAAGGUUGGAGGACCAGUGCAGUACAGAUGGAUGUAUCCAUUUGAGAGGUGCAUGUUGUACUUGAAAAAGAAGGUUCUAUAA